AUGUUGCCGAAGAAGUACACGGCCCCUCGCGCCGCUACCGAUGCCAACGCCACCCAGCCGGAGCAGAGGAAGCAGAGGGCGCCGCCGUCCAAACCCCCGGGCAUGUCAAACGCCGACUGGAUGACGGAGGUUCGGCGCCGGAAGGCUGUCACCACCGACCAGACCGACGGAACAGGCUCAACGCCAAGAGGGCUCGGGACAGGGCGGGUGGCGGCGGCUGCCGUGGCGGAGCAGGCGGAUCGCGCGGCGGAACAGGCAGAGGCGUCUCGCGCGGGGAUGAUGAAUCCGGCCGAUGGCCACGGCCCGCGCGCUCCCUGGAGCCAGCAGAGCGUCGGGUCACCGGCUGGCUUCUCGGCGUCUUCAUGGGGCUGCGCGCUCUCGCCUGGUUACGCCGACGACGACGCGCACGGCGGGUUCAACCCCAACAUCACCUUUCCACAUGACCACCCCGCCCAGCGCACACCCUCACCCGCGUUCGCCGGCGUCCAGUACCCCCCGUACACCUACUCGCCGCCGGCUUACGCAUCCUCCCCGACGCCGCCUCUGCGCCAUGGCAGGCUCUUCUCACAAGCCUCGUCGUCACAUCUCGGCAACCCUGACGUGAUGGAGGCCGGCAUGGAUGAAAUUAUCACGACCGACUCGGUCGCCGCCGCCGCCUCCCUCGGGUUCAAUGCCCAAGAAGAGACAAUGGACCUCAACAACAACAUGCACGACGAGCUCGACUACGGCGAGGAGGAUCCAGAGGAGGAGGAGGAGGAGGAGGAGCCGACGCCUGCUCCGACGAGGAGAGGGAAAAAGAAGAAGCGGGCGGCCAGGACCGGCGAGCAGCACGUCAAGUGGGCGGCCAAAGAAGACGAGUGCCUCGCCGAAGAGUGGAAGAUCGUCUGCUUCGACCCGAUCACCGGCAUGAACCAAAGAGCCGACACGUACUGGGAGCGCGUCAAGUCGGAGUUCGAUGAGCGCAAACUGGUCGGCCCUUACUUCGCCGUCGUCCACAUGCAGCGCGGGUCGAAGGCCAUGGCCAACCAUUGGGGGAUCAUCCAAACGGUGUGCAACAAAUGGCAUGGGAUCGUCGAGGAGAUCGCGGCUCGCCCGGAGAACGGCGCCAACACCGAGGGUCAGAUGGUCCGGAUGUUCGCCAUGUAUCGCGAGGACAGCAACACCGACCAAGAUUUCAAGUACCUCCACGUGUUCUCUCAGAUCGAGAAGUGCAAGAAGUGGGCGGUAGUCCGGCGCACCCUCGCCAAGGCCAAGGAGACGUACAAGCCGGACGCGCCGACGCCGGGCGCGGUCGACGGGCGCCUGGACGACAAGAAACGGGCCAAGUCGGCGAAGGACGCCGCGCCGGCUACCGCGCGUCUGCAAGAGUCCAUUGAGCAUUGCGUCGUGGACGCCAAGACCCGGGCCACCCAGAGGGAAGAGAAAAUCGAGGCGCGAUGGUCGGCGUUGAUGACGAACAACACCGAUAAGCUCGACCUGCUCCGGACCAAUGUCCCCACGAAGAAGAGGAACACCGACCUGGCUUUCCUGAUGGGGUGGGGGGCGGACAUGGCGACGAUGGACGAGCAGGUCAAGGCGUGGUACCUGGCGGAGCGUGGCCUCAUCCUGAACCAGAUGACGUUGACGGCGGCGCCAACUCCCACUCGGACCCCAACGCCGCUGCCAAGCCCGAGCAACGCCUCCGCGACGCCAAGCACAGAAGCCUCGCCGACACCGACCAGCCCGCGCACGCCGAUUCCCGCCAGUCCGACGCCGAUGGACGGCGCCGCCGUUUGA